GGCGGCACAGGCAGGAGGUAAGGAGAUCCGGUCGUGCGAAGGGGUGGUCCAACGCAGCGGGCGGGACCAAUCGGCAGCGACUCCGGGCUCCGGCAGCUCCUUAGAGACUCGCCGCAUUCCAAGUACCGGCUCUGCCGGCUGCUGGCUUUCGCGCCGCCGCCGCCGCCGCCGCCGAGGCGCAGCGCCCCUGGGGGCACUGCUGGUGCUGCAUUCGGGGCACCACGCACACCCUGGCUGGUGCUGCCCUGCGCCUCUGUGCGGACCCUUUCCCCAAGAAGUUGCACGCCUUGCAAGUGGCCCUGUGGAGGCACUAGGCCGGGAAAAGAAGCUGCGGGAGGAGGAACAUGGUGGGAGGUGGGCAGGCGACUUGCUUCUCAGAAGAGUCCCAAUUAGCACCCGGUUGGCAGAUCACCGCACUAAACCAUGAAGCCGUUGGGGGUUGGCCAUAUUAUCCGUAUUUAAAAAUAAUCUGAUCUUAAGAAAACUUGCAACUCCCGUCGUGGGUCAAAGAGGGACACACUCUCAACAUCACCUCCUCGCAGUGACACGGUGUAAAACAAGCCCAGGUGACCCCCAACUGCAGAGCUCUCCCUCAAGUCCUCAUCUCUCCGAGAACGGCGGGGAGAAGCGGGGUCGGCUCUGCCAAGAGCGCCCGGCGGGAGGGGCGGGAUGGCACGCCGAACGCGGCCAACAAAGCGGAUUAUUGUGGGACUGCACAAACGCAACCCCGUCCGAGGAGUUUUGCCAGGAACACCGCCGCCUGCAUUGCGUCGGAUCUGACCACUUGAAACGUGCAAUUCCCGGGGAAGGUCACGGCCAGGGACCUUGCGUGUGCGGGGCUGUGGGCCAUAGGAGAGAAGAAUCGGGUCUGCUUUUCUGGCAGAAGGAAAAAGCUGUGCUGGCAAGAGUGGGAACUGAAUGCAACCCCCCUCUGUGGAACCACCCCCUCAUAUUUUCCAUCUACCUCCUUGCUCCUGCCCUCCCCCGCCCUCCCCAACCUACGCCCGGGUGGGCCAAUCGCAGCUCCGCAUUCCAGGCGCUUUCUCAGGUUUCUGCUGAUCUUGCAGCGCCCAGAAAUGGACCGAGCGGACCGGCCACCGCUCGCAUCCUGCCCCACUCGGCGCUCGUAACAGCUCCCGGCGCACCGCGGAGCCCUGGCGAGGUUCACACGGGGGUGCGGGAAGCGGAGGGCACCUGAGAGCCAUGUAGACCCAAGCUUUCGCUCGCCCGCCUCCGUUGGGAUCGAACCAAGGACUCCCAAAGUGUUCGGAGGGGGCGAGGGUGCCGUUUUCCGUCAUUUGCUUCAGAGCCUCGAGAGAGGGUGGCAUUUUGCUUUUCCGCCUCGCAUCCUCCGGAACUCCCUGCACCAGAGAGAGGACGGCGUCUCCAGGUUGCUGACAGCGGGUGAGAAUGGGGACAGGGGAUGGACAUUUCCCCGCAGUGGCUCAGAAAAGCGACUGUCCAGCUGAAGGGGCAUAGGACCAGGGAGCGAGGGCGGCGAAUUUGCCCCGGCGCCUCGCGGAUGCGGCUGCGGCGGCGGCCGCGGCUCCCGCCCGGGUCCUGCCAAAGCGACCUGCCGCAUUCCCACUCGGGCUCUCCUUCCACUCAGCACCGCCCCUGCGCCAAGCCGGCCGGCCAGCGUCCAUCGAUCGCCCUGGUGGGAGCUUAGAAGGCGGCAGGCGAAGAGGGGUAGGAGGGGGGAGAGCCGAGAAGCAGAGGGGGUGUCAGGAGAGGGGCUCUGCCGAGCUGGCUCUGCACCGGUCCUAGGAGGUCUCGCGGAGGGGAGGGGAGGCCAGGGUGACCCCCGAAGCGAUGGCCCUGCCCUCUAGAACAGCACUGCGUUAAGGCACCUCGAACCAGGACGAAACACCAACCCUCCCCCAUCCCAGCUCGCUGCAAAAAAAAAAAAAAAAAAAAAGCUGCACCCUAGGCUGUAGGCGAGGGGUUUCCAAACUCAGCCAAAGGCAGGGUGGAGGGAAAGGGAACCAGAAGCAAAGCGACAGAUCUCUGGACCUGCGCUCUUUGAAGCCCCUCCCCCCUGAGCGUGGGGGAGACGCUCACUCCGGUGGGGGGGGCGCUUGGGUCCCCCCCACCCCUCCCCUCUUUGUCCUCCCCACCGCCGGCCUUCUCCUGGCCUCUCUCCCCUGCACGUGGCUUCCACCAUGACGGUGAUGUCUGGGGAGAACGUGGACGAGGCGUCGGCCACCCCGGGCCACCCCCAGGACGGCAGCUACCCAAGGCUGGCCGACCACGAGGACCACGAGUGCUGCGAGCGCGUGGUGAUCAACAUCUCCGGGCUGCGCUUCGAGACGCAGCUCAAGACACUGGCGCAGUUCCCCAACACGCUGCUGGGGAACCCCAAGAAGCGCAUGCGCUACUUCGACCCGCUGAGGAACGAGUACUUCUUCGACCGCAACCGGCCCAGCUUCGACGCCAUCCUCUACUACUACCAGUCGGGGGGCCGGCUGCGGAGGCCGGUCAACGUGCCCCUGGACAUGUUCUCCGAGGAGAUCAAGUUCUAUGAGCUGGGCGAGGAGGCCAUGGAGAAGUUCCGGGAGGACGAGGGGUUCAUCAAGGAGGAGGAGCGCCCCCUGCCCGAGAAGGAGUACCAGCGCCAGGUGUGGCUGCUCUUCGAGUACCCGGAGAGCUCGGGGGCCGCCCGCGUCAUCGCCAUCGUCUCGGUCAUGGUCAUCCUCAUCUCCAUCGUCAUCUUUUGCCUGGAGACGCUGCCUGAGCUGAAGGAUGAUAAGGACUUCACGGGCACUGUCCACCGCAUCGACAACACCACGGUGAUCUACACCUCCAACUUCUUCACGGACCCCUUCUUCAUCGUGGAGACCCUGUGCAUCAUCUGGUUCUCCUUCGAGCUGGUGGUGCGCUUCUUCGCCUGCCCCAGCAAGGCGGACUUCUUCAAGAACAUCAUGAACUUCAUCGACAUCGUGGCCAUCAUCCCCUAUUUCAUCACCCUGGGCACCGAGAUAGCUGAGCAGGAGGGGAACCAGAAGGGCGAGCAGGCCACCUCGCUGGCCAUCCUCAGGGUCAUCCGCUUGGUAAGGGUUUUUAGAAUCUUCAAACUCUCCCGCCACUCCAAGGGCCUCCAGAUCCUGGGCCAGACCCUCAAGGCUAGUAUGCGAGAGCUAGGGCUGCUCAUCUUUUUCCUCUUCAUUGGGGUCAUACUGUUCUCGAGUGCAGUGUACUUUGCCGAGGCGGAAGAAGCUGAGUCGCACUUCUCCAGUAUCCCCGAUGCUUUCUGGUGGGCGGUGGUAUCCAUGACCACUGUAGGAUAUGGUGACAUGUACCCUGUGACAAUUGGAGGCAAGAUCGUGGGCUCCUUGUGUGCCAUCGCUGGUGUGCUGACAAUUGCCCUGCCCGUACCUGUCAUUGUGUCCAAUUUCAACUAUUUCUACCACCGAGAAACUGAGGGGGAAGAGCAGGCUCAGCUGCUCCACGUUAGCUCCCCUAACUUAGCCUCUGACAGUGACCUCAGUCGGCGCAGUUCCUCUACUCUCAGCAAAUCUGAGUACAUGGAGAUCGAAGAGGAUAUGAAUAAUAGCAUAGCCCAUUAUAGACAGGCCAACAUCAGAACUGGCAAUUGCACCACAGCCAACCAAAACUGCGUUAAUAAGAACAAGCUACUGACCGAUGUUUAAAAAACCAAGCAAACAAAAAAGCCCCACUUAGCAGCUUGAAAGACUUAAAAGCAAAACAAAAGCCCUGGUGACCCAUGUCACUCUUUGUCGCUACUUUACUAGUCUUUGAAAGCUCUGUUUAACUGUCAAUGCAUUAUUGCAUUGUGGAUUUUGGGGAUGGCCAACCAGAAGCUUUCAAGAUCCAUUAAAAAAAACCUAUUUUCAUUUUAUUAAAACUGGGAAAAGAAAGUGUAUUUUAUAAAAUUGGUUUAAAAAAAUUCAGUCCAUAAGCUAGUCUAGGUAAAAUAAGAUUCAUAUGCUUCCCCAGACCGAAACAUUUGUAAUCCUUGGGCUUCUUUAACUUUUUCUUUUAACUAAGAACCAGGUGAUCACUUAGAAAUAUAAAAUUAAAAGUUGCAUGGGACUCCAAUAAAAAAAAUCUUUGCAAACUGCACAGUACAUUUAAGACAGUGCAUCUGUUGAUAUAUAAUAUGAUAUACCAGCUAAAGUGGGUAAUGGACAAAUGUUAUUUUGGUCCACUGAACUGCAUAUUAUAAGGUGGGGAAAAAAAGCAAACAGAAUUACUUAAGACUGGUUCACAAAGCACCUUAUCAAUCUGAUGCUGGUCCUGGUCUUUAGGGGUUCUCCCUUUGUCCCAUUCUCCUUCUAUUCAAACUAUUCUCUAAGAAAUAGAUUAAAAAAAUAAUUGAUUCAUCUGCAGUGCUGCUAAGUUUCUCAACUGCAGGUGAGCCCAACACAGGUCUUGUCUCACUGGUCCUGUACCCUGACCCCUGGCCUCCAGAACUGGAUGUAAAACCUUAGCCUCCUUAUUGCAAGAGAGCACAAAUGGAGUUAAAUGUAAGCAUAUUUGAUUCUGAUAUUUAUUUUACAAUCGCAUGCCGAGAACGUUAACUCAGACAAUAGGGGAUAAGCUUACGUUUGAAUCGACUCUUCUAAAAAUAGAUCCUUUUUCAUUUGCAUUCACCAAAAGUGCACUCCUUUAUUUAUUAACUAUUUUCUUAGCAAAUAAAGUACUGUAUUUAAGUGCAUAUGUUAGUCAGAUGGGAACAAUAACUUUUUGGAGCUCAAAGCAUGUUCUCUUAUUCAGCAUUAUGGCCUAUUUGAUUAAGGUGUACCUUGAAUUAAUUAAUGCAUGAUUUCAGUAAAAAAAUAAAAAUAAAUAAAUAAAAACUACAAGUUUGUGGGAUGAAGGGCCCAAAGAAAAAAUUGGGGUGGGGGUGGGGGUGGGUUAGGGUGGGGGUGGGGGGUACUCAAUCAAUUUUCCUGCCUUUGCUCAGGGAAAUGUCAGGUUUCUGUGCAGGUGUAGGCAGAGAGAGAACCAAUAUGCCCAUUCCUUAAAGGGAAGCUAUAUGGAAAACUAAGUCAUCAAGGUAUAUAUAUAGCAACACCUAAGAACAAGAAUUAUUUCUAGCUGAAGAUAAACACAAGCAAAACAAACAAACAAAAAAAGGUGCAAUACUGCAUGUUUUUUGGUGCAUUCUUAAGAUGUAAAUGAAAAUGUUUAUCUAUUGUAUGCAUCCGAAGCAGAGCUGAUUUCUUUUUGCAGUCAUGAUUUGAAGUCUGUAAAGGCUUUAGCCCUUCCCUUGAGUCACCCUGAAGAAACUUAAUCAAUUGAUUUAAUAGUUGCUUAGUGCCUUUAUCCUGUACCCACAGCGAACUGCAGAAAGUGCCUCCAUUAACACAGCUGAGAAGUUAUGUAACAAAGAGAGAAAGGGUUGGGGCACAGAUAUUUUGCUUUUCCUGUUUCCAUCCUCGCUGUCUCACUAUACCACUGUGAGAAGACCACACCGCCUGAGCCCUGGAGAGGAGAGAUCCAGGAGGGUGCUGUUUCUCUGGCCAUCCACUGGACUGAGUCCCUUUGGCAGCCUGAUGUGGGAUGUAAAACUGGGACCUGAGACCUAGCUUCGAACUGGACAUGAACCAUGAACUCGUGUGUUUUUUCCUCUCCUCCACCAGAGCCAAGAUAAACUUUUUGGGAAUUUGUUUCCCAUUGAGGGCCACUCUGGACAUUCAGGGCUUCCUCAGGUCCCAUGCAGUGUUUUUGUGCAUUUCUGUAUUCCUCUGUCAGCAACAGUGCUUUGCAGAUCUCUGAUAGUCUGAUCUUUCUGGCAUCAUUGUGCAUAUGGGGAGGAACACUCAGUUCAUAACAUUUCCUAGGCCCUCCCUCCUGGUCCAGUCUCUUGAGAUAUUUCCUAUGAUGCUCCUAUGAUCUUCCUACCUGGCACUCACUUCGCAGGCGAAGCAUCUCCCAGAACCCAGCCCAGAGAGCAGCUGAAACCCUGAGCCUAGCCGAAAGAGAGCCACAAAACGCAGGCCUCGGGGGCCACCAGCUGUCCACCCAUGGAGAGGCACUCACUGCCUUUUUAAGGACACCAAGUGGGGAUCUUCAUUCUGCACUUAGCAUGUGGCUGCCUACUGCUGACCACCUUGCAUUUCUGUCCUGCUUCUUCUGGGAAUCUUCCCUUUACCCCCAUUCCUUUUUCACCUCAUCCUAGAACUAUCAGUGAGGCAAUACACGAAGAAACUGGAGUGCCACCCAGGCUGGUUCACUCUGUUGAAAGAAAGAACAUGGAUAUUUUAUUUUCCUAUGCUACUCUGUGGAUCUGUAAGACUAAUGUAACAUCAUGGAAGAUGAGGAGCCAAGGACUGCACACAUCUGACCACUGCAUAAACCCUCCCCUGUAAUGUUUCCUUCUCUUUUGAAUCUUGACUCAUCUUGGCUAUUCCUUUCCUACCUGCUUCAAAGUUCCCAGUUGGGAAAACAUGCAACCGCCUCCAAAUUUCUGGGGAUAUCGUGAUCUUUUAGUUAGACUCUGAGAUCUAGGACACGCAGAGCUCGAAACGCUGCACUCUGUCAACAGCAAUAAUCCGCUCAGUACUGUGGGAUGGAUGGGUCAGAGGAUGAGAAAACGGGACCAAGACUGAGGAGAUGAACUCUGGCUGCCUGGUAUACCUCUCAUAGUUAGAUGCUGGACUGGUGAUUCUUCUGCAUGUGUGACAGGAAAAAGUGCUGCAUGCAGUGAACCUGUUGGCCUGGGACUGGGGAUGAGCUGUUGUUACGAAUUUGAGUGGUAGGGGGAAAAUGAAUGCUGCUCCAUCUGCAGCUCACUGCAACCAAGUCAGUAAGAAUGAAGUAUAGCGACUGUGUAGCAUAGGCAUGUGAAGUUUCACAAAGCUCUCACCCCUGCACUGUAAUGUGCUGAAAUGUUUUUGUAGACCUGAAGGUGCACUUAACAAAACUGCCUAUUUAGUAAUGACGAUCUUUUGGUUUACUUACUCAUAUUUAUUUUGUCAGGCUUUUUCCCUUCCCACCCCCUUCCUAAGUCUUGAGCUUUAAUGGCUCAUAUCCUGAGUACUUGUUUUCUCCCGAAGGAGAAGACUUCUGACAUGCUGAUAGCCAUAGCUCAGCUCUCCCAGUGUUUGGGGCCCUAGUUCAAUAGGGUGACAGUGGAAGGGCUGGGUCACACCAGGGCUAUUAGCCAUCCCAGAAUCUCCGAAGUGGUUAACUCACCUCAAGUGAUCUGAAUUAGAGAGACCAAAGACAUUCAUUUCCUCUGUCCUCAGAUUUGUAGAAGACAGAUUGUCACCAGGAAAGGUUUUUGUUUUUGCAUCUCCUCUUCCCCAUCUGUGCACAGCCCUCCCUCGUUCCCCCUUGAGAGCUGAGUUUCAAUUAUCAGUUAAAACAGUUCAUUGAGAAUGUGUUAGCAAGUUAGCCUAGCAAAAUCAAAUGAACCAAUAGCUAAUUCUUUCUUCUGAAGUCUGGCCAAUGGACAAUCAUUUCUCUAAAAUAAAAUUGUGUAGUAGGUUUAGGCUCCACUGUGGUGGAAUCAAAACACCUGCGACAUCACAAUCUUGACUCACUUGAGAGUUUUUUAAUUCCUUUAAAUGGUAAGUGGGAAUAGAUUUCUUUAAGUAGAUAUUUGGUUUAGUCCAUAAGGGACCUUCUCCACAUGGUGUAUAGUUAGAGAUUUUUCAAAUUUCUUAACAUCUGACACAUCAGUACAAAAUUUUCCAACCCUCCCAUUUAAUAUAGGAGACCUCAAAACAUGCUUUUUAAUAAUUUUAUGACUGAUUUUUCCUUGUUUGGGAGAUCAGCUCAAACAGAAAGGAGAUAGAGAACCUCAGAAGAAAGCAAUUUCCCAUUUCCUUUUAGGAAUGACUUAUUCCUGGGAGUGGUGAGAAUUGGUGGGUGGUAACCAUCCAGAGUAUGAAAUUGUUAGAGAGAAUAUAAACUACCAAACAGCCGUUUUAUCUUCCCAUUUUUUCAAGGAAGGAUGAAGUAUCUUAAUGUAUAUGUUCAUUUCAAGAAGACAAAUAAACUACAGUUUUCAAACCAGACACAACCCAAGUUCACUUGCUAUCUCAGGAGGUGGUUCUCGCCCACCAUGCAAUGUAUUGGUACUUGUAUUUAUAUUAUGGAAUUUCAGGGUAUGCGAACAUGUCCAGCAUGACUCAGGUAAACCUUAGAAGAAUGUACAUUACUUAUCAUUUUUUUAAAGAAGCGAACAGGAGCUGAGUUAACCAACACUGUUCCAUUACCUUGGGUCACUGUGUGAACUCAUUCAGGGUAUAGGUGUAAGGUUUAGAGGUCUUGAGAUCAAAUGCCAGUCUGUGCUCAGGCAAAAUGACCUUGGGCUUUUUUGGGAAGUCCAGUGUGUAUGUAAGGGGUGAAGCUGCUGACCUCAGGACUAUUAGCUUUAAGGAGAUUAGCCCUGGUCACCAUGACUUUCAUUUAGGAGCUAACUAGGAGUUUAUGACAUGAGACUUCAAAGAGUAUAGAAAAGUUUUGUACCAUAAUCAGAGAGGAAGAAAUGGUAUAGGGAAAAACAAAACAAAACACAAAAUCCCUUGCAACCUUGCAAAAUAUUCCAGGUCAAAAGUUGUCUCCCCUCCACACCUUGCAGAAAUACUGUUCUCUUCAGUGCACUGUGCUAUGCAGCAGCUCUAAGUAGACAUCAUGAGCUCUAGAUGACAUACCUCUAAUAGUAAAGGUAAAGUAUUACCAAGGCUAAAAAUAACAAUUGAGUGUAUUAAUUUCAAGUGCACCAUCAGGACAACAAACCAUUGAAGCUGAAAAAGCAUUCUUUUAUUUCUUGAGUUUGCCAGUUGCUUACCCCGUGAGUUGAGGAUGUGUCUCUUGUUGGCCUACUGUGCAUCCCCUGCCCUAACUGUCUAAUAUGUCAGGUAGAGGACACUGAAUGUUAUGAAUUGAGAACCUUAUUGAAGCGCAUAGUUUUCAUCUAUGCAAUUUUACUUGCUUCUGUCACUUUAUGAUCUGUUCAUAUUUGGCAUCAAUUAAAGAUAAUUUUUAUGGAUCUUAUCAAG